GUCACAAACUAUCUCAAACUGUUGACGACCCUGUGCUGCUAAUAAAAGCAGAGUCUUCUUGCCAUUCCACGCAUUAGUUAACAUGGCGACCAGGGUUAUCAUUUUUCUUUGCACAUACGCGGUAGCAGUACUAACACAAAGUGUCUAUUUUCAACCUUCUGGAUAUUAUUGGAGAGAAUUUUCAAACGGACAGAUCCCAUCCGAUGCAGUUGCCGGAGGUAGAGAUAGAGCUGGUAACCCAACUUAUAUCGGACAAGUUUACGGACUAGAUCUUGAGCUAUUACCCGCCACUAUAAUACGCGGUUCGCCAAAUGCCACCAGUACCAGGCACGUUUCUGCCAUACAAACUGAUAAAAAUAUUAAGAUACUAUGCAGUAAUGAACAACAUAAGUUUAGAUGGAUUCCAACAACAGUAGGAGAGACAUACAAAUUGGCUAACUGUCACUUAGUCAAUGGCGGUUCCGAAGUUAAUUAUUUUCUGCACAUUGGACGUGUAUAUUAUCAAUCUGAAGUGAUUAUUGGAAAGGUUAAUACUGAUAGACCACAGGCUCAAGGUUUAGCCAUACCAUAUAAUGGGCUUCCGGUAAUUUUUGUGUCUUAUCAAAUUUUAGCGUUUGACUGUCAGGGUUUGUGAAUUGAAAUAUACUUACAUAAGUAGUGCUUUUGGCUCAAAAAGUUGCUUUGUCGCAUAAAACUAUGUCAAUAUUUGAUUAUAUUAGUUAAACUAGAGUUUAAUUAGAUAGCAGUUACGAUUAGUAUUCUAAAAUAUAAUUACGUCAAUGUCCAUUUGGCUAUUACUCCAGUAGAAUAAUAUUAAGUAAUUCGUUAAAUGCAAUCAUUUAGUCCUCAGACGAAAA